AUGUCGCGGGAUAAAAGCGUAUGGUUUGCAGAAGAAAUACUUCUAGAUGCCAAACUUAUAAAUUUUCAAUUGGAAACCGGAGAAUGGGAUGCAGUAGAAGAAAUGUUACGCGCAGAAGCGCAACUCUCAAGAGACGCAGAGACCGGGAGAUUGCGACCUAAAAAAGCAUCGGAAUAUACCUUACGUCUUAUCGCCGAAGUUCUGCACAUAAUGCGGUUAGAUGUAGAGCAGGCAUCCUAUAACCGCAGUACCUUGGCUGUAGCUGAGCAGUGUUUGCGCUUAGUCCGUUCUUGCGCUGCUGCUGGCACUAAAAUGCAAACAUAUAUUUCAAAGGAACUCUCCAUUCUGGACUCCAUGCUAAUUCUGGCCACUGAAUACCAACACCCUAGUGUCGAUUUCAUUAACGAAGAGCUACAGAAGAAAUAUGAAUCGUGUAUGACUGUUUUAAUACAAACACUAGGAAACCUUGUAGUAAAUAAUCCCUUUAAUCAAAUUAUGAUUUGGAACAAAUUUGAUGCUAUAAUUCUAAAUUGUUUGGUUGGCCAUAAUGAAAAAAUAGCCUCAGCUGCGGCUAUGAUAAUAUACAAUAUAUUAUUAGGCCAGCCAAAUGUAUUGCCAGAAGAUGUUGCAGUAUUAAAUUCUCUCGCUUAUAUGUAUAUUAAUGGGAAUACAGAAUACCCUCAUCUAAUAAUAGAAUAUUUAAUUGGUGUAGAAAAUUCAUAUAUAGAAAAAUUAUAUUCAAAAUUGGAUCCAGACUGUCGGAUGCUUGUUUUAAAUCUUGCUUAUAAUAUAUUAAUGUCAACUGAAUCUCAAGACAUCAAUGUAUCAGUUAACUUUGUAAAAUUCAUGGCUCAUGAGUUUAAGAGUAAGUCGGACUGUAUAUUAAAGACUGUGGAUAAAUAUGUUAAUACUAUAGAACCUCAAGAAGUAGUAUUCUUACUGGAAAUUAUAGCGACAGCCUCCAGUAUGGAUACAUACAUGGAUUGUUUGCAAAGUGACACAUCUCUCUUUAUUAAUUGUGCUUUUCUCUUAAGAGCUAUACAUAAACUAGGUAAGGAGAGCAAUAACUUCUUCUCAUCUAUAAAUAAAUUGUAUGAAGCUACAGGAAAACAACUUGUGAAUGAUGAAAAUAUGCCUGAAAUUACUGUGCCACCUGAAAAUCCACUCUGCAAAAAUGACUCAGCAGAUAAUAUGCUUUCAUGUAAUGAAACCACAUCAGAAUGCACCGAGUCGGAAAGCAGUGAACAGUUCUUUGAAUGUAACGACAAUCCUCCAUUCCUUGACAAACUUGAUAAUAUUGUAGAAAAUUUACAUGAACCAAUAAUAUUUGAUAUGCCAGACAAACAAGCUAGGAGCGGCUCAGAAGGGAAUUCCAAUGCCAAAAUUGAUAACGACCUAACAAAAGUAGCCUUCAAAAGGAGCAGUUCAGUGCCAAAAACUGAUGAGCGUAUCCAUUUACCUACCAGACGAAUAAGUCUCGAGCACAAAAUCGAUAUUGAUGAUAACGAGCCGCCAUUAAUAAUUGAUGCACAAUCACCAACAAGCAUGAAUACGAUUGCAGAAGUUAUACCAGUAGGUUUGCACCCGAGAUUGGAACUGCAAGAAUCCAGUCGGACAGAGUCACAGGACAGUUCACCAAAUGACCCACCCACUGAGAUUCAUAUGCCAAAAUCAGAUAGUAAAGAAAUUAAAACCUCGCCUAGCGAAAUAUCUCCUCCCCUAUCAGAAAAUCAACAGGACACAGAAUCCCAAAAGCAAUCUCCAGACACACCGAAAGAAGUAAAAAAGAGUCAAAAUCUAUCAACUGAUUUCGACUUGAGUGAACAGUUACAAAAAAUUUUAGGUAUUACAUCGGAAAAGACACGGGUUGAUAGUAGUAAUGUAGAAAAAAAAACUGAAGCGGCCAAAGAAGUUAAGAUGUCAGAAGACAAUCCUGCCAGCAAAGUGCCAUUUGUGAAGAUAGAUUCGCCAGAAAGUCAAAAGACUAGAUUAGGAGCAAUAGAUAUGACUACGCCCAAGAAAACAAUAACCAGUGUAGAAACAGUUGAACGGCAUGUGGCGUUUGGAUUCAAGGCGUCUCUUGUGAGGACGUUAGCUAAUUUGUGCUGGAAAAAUCAGGAAAAUAAACGACAGAUGCGAGAAUUGGAGGUUAUCCCAGUUUUACUCGACUGUUGCAACAUCGACGCUCGCAAUCCUCUUAUUAUGCAAUGGGUUAUUUUCGCCAUUCGUAGUCUCUGCGAAAACUGUCCAGAAAAUCAGGAGGUUAUAUCAAAAAUGACUCUUCGGGGGCCAGUAGACAACGAAGUGUUGCAGGAAAUGGGUUUAACUCUAAAUACUGAUUCUCAAGGAAACUCUAUUAAAAUCGUUCCUUUACCUCGUAAU